AUGACGGACAAGUUUAGGAUCGAGAAGGAUACGUUUGGCGAGCUGAAGGUGCCUGCUGACAGGUACUGGGGUGCCCAGACCCAGCGGUCCCUCCAGAACUUCGACAUCGGCGGGCCGACAGAACGCAUGCCCCCACCCCUGAUCAAGGCCUUCGGCGUACUCAAGAAAGCCGCCAGCAUCGUCAACAUGACCUAUGGGAUGGAUGCCAGGGUUGGCAAGGCGAUCGGCGAGGCUGCGGACGAGGUUAUUAGCGGGAAGCUGAUCGACCAUUUUCCGCUUGUGGUGUUCCAGACUGGGUCGGGCACGCAGACGAACAUGAAUGUGAACGAGGUCAUCUCCAAUCGAGCGAUUGAGAUUCUCGGCGGCGAGCUGGGGUCGAAGAAGCCUGUACACCCGAACGAUCACGUCAACAUGUCCCAGUCCUCGAACGACACUUUCCCUACGGCGAUGCACGUCGCUGCUGUGACGGAGAUCCGGGGGCAGCUCAUCCCCGCUCUUACCGAGCUGAGGGAUGCGAUGCAGGUGAAGCAAGCCGAGUUCGAGGGGAUAAUCAAGAUUGGAAGGACGCAUUUGCAGGAUGCGACCCCGCUUACCUUGGGGCAGGAGUUCUCCGGCUACGUACAGCAGCUCAGUAACGGCAUUGAGCGUGUUUCGGAUGUGCUCCCUAGGCUUAGCCUGCUCGCUCAGGGUGGUACGGCUGUCGGCACUGGCCUGAACACGAAGAAGGGCUUUGACGUCAAGGUCGCUGCCGAGAUCAGUGCGCUUACGGGGUACGAGUUCAAGACCGCACCGAACAAGUUCGAAGCUCUUGCGGCACAUGACGCCCUCGUAGAGGCCCAUGGUGCGCUCAAUACUGUCGCUUGCUCGCUCAUGAAGAUCGCCAACGAUAUCCGGUACCUCGCUUCUGGCCCGCGCUGUGGACUGGGAGAACUUAGUCUGCCGGAGAACGAGCCUGGUAGCUCGAUCAUGCCUGGGAAGGUUAACCCCACGCAGUGUGAGGCGAUGACGAUGCUUUGCGCGCAGGUGAUUGGUAACCAGACUGCUGUGUCUGUUGCUGGUUCCUGGGGCCAGUUCCAGCUCAAUGUUUUCAAGCCUGUGAUCAUCAAGAACGUCCUGCAGUCUAUCCGCUUGCUCUCUGAUGGCUGCCGUAGCUUUACCAAGAACUGCGUGGUUGGCAUCGAGGCGAACGAGAAGCGUAUCCACCAGCUGCUGACCGAGUCGCUCAUGCUCGCCACCAUCCUGAACAGCCAUCUCGGAUAUGACAAUGUAGCCAAGUGCGCGAAGAAGGCGCACAAGGAGGGCACGACGCUCAAGGAGGCGACUGUUGCGCUUGGGUUCCUGACGCCGGAAGAGUUUGACGAGAAGGUACGGCCUGAGCUUAUGCUCCACCCUGAUGAGUAA